GUGAGAUCAUGGGUACUUGCUUUCUUUUAUACAUAUAUUCUAUUACAAAUACAAGUAUCAUAGAUUACCUGUGCAAUCUUUAAAAGGCAGUUUUUUGUAUUGGGGGAGAUAGUGGUUGUAACUCACAACCGGAUCCCUCAUAACCAAAGGAUUAUCUUGGUCAGAGCUCAUCCAACCGUCUCAACAAGACGAAGACUUUCCCGAGAGUCCCUACGGCUCGGUGGCCCGGCCCCGUAAGCUUAUGGGAAAUGUAGUCCCGAAAACUAAUGGACCACUCCUCGGAGGACCCUGGGACGGCGAGCAGUCCUUUUAUCUGCGCAUGUGCACGGCUGCCAGCGCGCUGGAGGCCGCCCUUCCCCCACCUCUAGCCGCGAGUGGGUGACCGGGCCCCGGUUUCCGCGCGUCUUCGCCUCCCCGCGUGCUGACCCAGCCUGGCACUGAGCCACGAGUGGCGACUGUGUCCUUCCAGCGCCUCGGACCCGCGGCGAGGGUCGGGCCGGCCCGGAGAGAGUCCGGAAGUGCGGAGGAGCGCGCGCGUGACUAGGCCCCGCGAGUACUGGGCGAGGCCGGGGGCGGGGCCGGACACACCUUGCAGCGUCCGGAUGCCGCGUGCUGUGCCCCCCGGCCUCACGGGGUGGAGGGAGACUUGAAAGCUCCAACAAGUUUCCUGAUGCACACGAUGACGUGCCGAAUAAGAUCUCUGACCUCUUUGCAAGAAUCGUUUCAUGGGUGGUCUUACUCCUGCCUUUUCAAAUGUUUCAUAAUGUUUGAUUAAAGGUGAGUGCUGCCAGGAUGAACCUUUCUGCCCCUUGUGAAGAGGCAAAGUGACUACCCCAGGAGUUGGUGUUUUCCCAGGUCUGCCUUCAUAGUUCUGUGCCUUUACCCAAAAGCUGCAGAAAAUGAACAACUCCCAGGGGUCGGUUUCAUUCACGGAUGUGACUGUGGACUUCAGCCAGGAGGAGUGGGAGCAACUGGACCCGUCUCAGAGGAUCCUGUACAUGGACGUGAUGCUGGAGAAUUACAGCAACUUACUCUCCGUGGAGGUGUGGAAGGCUGAUGACCAGGUGGAGAGGGAGCCCAGAAACCCAGAUGAGCAAGCGAGGCCAUUUGUAAUCUUUAAGAACCAAACCCCAAUUGAGGAAAGGGGUGAUCUCUUUGGAAAAUCAUUCAAUCUGAGCACAGACUUUGUUUCGUUAAGACAAGUACCUUAUAAAUAUGACUUAUAUGAAAAAACUUUGAAAUAUAAUUCAGACUUACUUAAUAGUAAUAGAAGCUAUAUAAGAAAACAAACUGAUGAAUAUAAUGGAUUUGGAAAAGCACUUCUCUAUCUAAAGCAAGAGAAAACCCAUACUGAAGUGGAAUACUCUGACUAUAACAAAAGUGGAAAAGCCUUCAGCCAUAAAGAAGCCAUUUUUAAACAUCAGAAAAUUCGAAAUCUGGUACAACCUUUCAUUUGUAAUUACUGUGACAAGGCUUUCCCCUUUAAGUCACUCCUCAUUAGUCAUAAGAGAAUACACACCGGAGAAAAACCUUAUGAAUGUAAUGUAUGUAAGAAAACCUUCUCCCAUAAGGCAAACCUCAUUAAACACCAGAGAAUUCAUACCGGGGAGAAACCCUUUGAAUGUCUUGAAUGUGGAAAAGCUUUCACCCACCAGUCAAACCUCAUUGUACACCAGAGAGCACAUAUGGAAAAGAAGCCCUACGAAUGCAGUGAAUGUGGCAAGACAUUUGCCCAGAAGUUUGAACUUACGACACACCAGAGAAUUCAUACAGGGGAGCGCCCUUAUGAGUGUAAUGAAUGUGCAAAAACCUUCUUCAAGAAAUCAAACCUCAUUAUACAUCAGAAAAUUCACACGGGGGAGAAACGUUACGAGUGCAGCGAAUGUGGAAAGUCCUUCAUUCAGAACUCGCAACUCAUUAUACACAUGAGAACUCACACAGGAGAGAAACCCUAUGAGUGUACUGAAUGCGGCAAAACAUUCAGCCAGCGGUCCACUCUGAGGUUACACUUGCGAAUCCACACGGGAGAGAAACCAUAUGAGUGUUCUCAGUGUGGGAAGGCCUUCAGCAGGAAGUCCCGCCUCAGUGUCCAUCAAAGAGUUCACAUAGGGGACAAACCCUGAGACCGCAGCCAGGUCGGACUGCAGAACCCUACCCCCAGAACCCUUCCAAUGGGCGAAGGUACUGAUGGAACAUGGGAAUUCCUACUGAGGUACAAUCUGUCAACUCAGAAAUGUGUAAAAAUGCAUCCCAUAAAAACCAUUAACAUACUGAAAGUUAGCUGUGAUUCCCAGCUAAAGAAUACAGAGCGGAAUAUAUCCGAUUGUAAAUAGACAUACUUAACUGUAUUACAGUGAGCUGUUUGAAAUCUCAAAAGAAUUAUUCAAGCGUGAAAUAUUCUGGGAGGCAGAAGAACUACAGACAGUAUCUAGGAAUACAGUGGCUGUGUGUGAGACUGUGCCACACAACACAAAUUGUAUAUUUUAGAUCUGUAUAUGUGAAUUUAACACAGUCACUGAAAAUUUGAAAUUUUUGUCCGCUAAAGGACACAUCAAUCAAGAUUUUCCACAUUAAACAUAACAUGUGUUUACAGUAACUUUACAACUCAGUAUGCAUUCCAGAUGAAGUGUGGGACAGAUGUGAAAGUAGCAUGUAACGUUUGUUCCUACUGCUUGCUGCCAUAUAUAAGUUGGUAUGAUCGUUGUUAUUGAGCUGCCUCAAUAAACAAGACACUGUUGAAGUUUUACCUGCAUCUGGGUUUGCUGAAGAUUUUCUAGAAGUGUUAUUUACAUAAAUAUGCAAGUGUGAUAUAAUUAAGAGGAAGUUUAGAGAGUGAAGAGAGGCAGGUUUGGGCUGUAGUACUCAGUAUGCACCACGGAAUAAAAAUGGGCUAGAUAAAGAGAAUAUCCACUCCAUCAUGCUCUUGUUACUGAUUUUCAGUGGGGUAUUUACAUACAAAUGCAUGUCAGUUACCAAAAUAUUGUAUAACCCAGAAAUGAGUUAUAUUUUUGUGUUUCCCUGUUUCUCUUAAUAUUAUAUGAAUUGUCUUGUUAAAAAAAAAAGGUAGGAUAUGUCUGUAGUGCACAAAUGUUACUUAACAUUUCAGAAAUUUUAAAGGCAAAAUUAUUUUAAGAAACUGUCAGAUAUAUUAUUGCUCUAAAAAUUUUCCAUGUCCAUAGUCCACUUUAGAAAUAAAUUUUUUCAGUAUUCUGUUUAGGAGAGGUAUUUUUACUUCCUUGAGUUUCAUCAUCAUCAACCUAAAAUUUCCCUUUAGAACCUGACUUAGUAUAAGUUAUACCUUUCCUUUAAAGAUUCACGAACAGUUUUAUUAGACUGUUCAGUGAUCUCCCCAUACAUAUUGUUUGAUGACUAACCUACAAAAAUUCAUCUUUUUUGCAUAACUCAAAGAUAUAUGAUUUUAGGCUUGAUUUCAGAUUCACAAGUUACACCUGUUCAUUUUUGAAGAUCAUUAACGUGCUGUGAUUACAUAUGAAUGUGAGUGACUUUCUGAACAAAUUUACUAAAACAUCCAUAGUCCAAUAAGUCUUUGUCUAAAGUUGUCAUCUUAUCGACUAACAGCAGGAAGCAGGGGGAAAAGUUAAUUUCAUACUGUGCUAUUAGAAAUGUAAAUUGUGAUAGCCACUUUGGAAAUCAUUGUGACUCUGUCUUUUAACAUAAAAAAUAUACAUACUCUUCAACCCAGCGGUAUCACUCCUGGGAACCUAUCCCUAAGAGAAAAAUAAAGUGCCAGUACUUAAGAUUAUGUUUAUCAAUGUAUAUUGUAUUUUUUGGUAAGGACAAAAUAGGAAACAAUGUAAAUGACCAUCAGAUUGGUGGUAUUCCACAGAAAGCGAUGUGUAGGAGCAAACGCCUCCAGGCCAGAUGAGGAAAGCAAGAGGAGAGAGAGAGUAUAUGUCCAAUUUUGUAAAAUAAAGAUCUAAGAAUCUUAUGUGUGUGUAUUUGUAUUUGAUUUUAUGAGCCUGGAGAAUAAAUAGAAUUAUCCUAAGUCAAAAAUAUAAUUGCUCCUAAUUUCAGUGGAAAAUUCUUCAUGCAUUCAUUAGUUCCUAAAUUAACACUCAUUUAUACUAAAACAACGACAUAACCCAUUAAAAUGGACAGAGUUUGUUCAAUAACAUUAGUUAACAAAGCUUGACAAGGCAGGCUCUAGCUUUCAUGGCUGUAUUGUAUGUUUGAGCCUGUUCUCAACGAAAGCACAUAGGUAUUUGACAUUAAUUGUUCAUGUAAUGGAAACUUGAAUACAAAAAAGGAAAAAUAGCAAAGACAGAAAAAUGAAUGAAGAAAAAUCAAGGAAUGCCAAGGUUAUUACUGCUGUAAAUUAUAAAUUACAAAUGCUUUGAGAAAACUUAACAUGUCCACCUUUACAGCUGCACAGGUGACCCUAGGGAUGACUGUCUUUGAUGAGCUGUUUGCUCCCAAGGCCCUAGAAAUCCAGAUAAGGACUCCUUUUUUUUUUUUUUUUUUUAAUGCUUUGUAAUCCUCAUAAACCAAAGUGGUUUUAGAUGAAACUCCUUCUAAAGAUAAGUUCUUGUAGCCUGAGCAUAUGACUAUUUCAUUUAUCCUCCCAGGAAGCUAGGAAGCGGGUUAUUUCACUGGUGAGCCAGCAGGCCAAGAGGCGGUUGUUUGCACCCCCAGCUAGUCGGGGGUGUUGCCAGGUUCAGAUCUCUGUCUGACCCCAAAGCCCACUGUACUUGGCCCUGUGACCUGUUCUUAUUCCACUGAUGUUUUCAUUUUGGAGAUUUUCUUACUAUUUCCAUAGAUAUUUGUCAUAACAAAUGCUUAAAUAUUUUAACUUUUUCACAAUGUUUUAUGCUUUAUAAAUCUAAAGUUGGUGAUUAUCUACUUGGUAUAAAUCUUAUGUGGAUAAAUCUAAUUGGUGACACUCUACUGUUGGUCAAUCUAAGGACUAGUCAUAUGGGGGAUACUCUGAUAGCAUCCCCAUCAGGCAGUUGGCCUGGGAAGUCCGGAGCUUGUGCUGUCCCCAGGCUUUAUGAGGCUUAAUUGAUUAUCUGAGUGUCCCAUCAAGUCCUGGCCAAAAUACAGUGGACUCUUGGGACCUGGUCUCCAUUUGACAGUCUUCUGACUACACCCAGUCUGCGCUCUGGUGUUUUUGAAAAGGACAACCCCCAUAGCUCAUCCUGCUGAGCAGCAGUUAGUGGGACACGUCUGGGACCCCUCUACUCCAUUUUUGAGCUCUUAGCUCAUUUGUUGGUGACCUUAUCCUCAGGUCUUAGCUCUCUCCUCCUGCCCCAGAGAGGCUGCCCUUCUCCCUCAGGCGCACACUUUAAAUCGUUCCUUGUAUAACACAUGUUUGAAAAAAGGAGAACCGACCUCUCUUUCUUGGUUUUAGAGGGACUGCCAGAAUGUUAAACAAAAUACAACAACAAACAAACCAGAACACACCUAUCGAGGUUAGUGGGACUCCUGCAAAAGAACCAAGAGAUGGGACUGAAGAACUCAAGUUAUUGGAAGAGUCCAGGGAUCACAAAACCCCAUGAGAAGUUAGUGUGACCAUUGAAGUCACACUAACCAUGGCGGUGGAUGUGGGGACAUGCGUUACAUUUGUUUGUUCAUUUAUUCAUUCCAUGUAACCGAUAAACAAGCUUGGAGUGGCACUAUUAAUAUCAUAAAGUGGGCUUCAAGAUAGUAUUACUAGAGAUAAAGAGUAAUCAUGCUGAGAAAGGGGUCAGUUCAAAAAGACAAUCACGUAUGUGCCCAAUAACAGUUUUAAAAUAAAGUGAAAAUGGACAGAUUUAAAGGAAGACACCCAUAAGCUUAGUUGGACACCUUAGCACCUUCUCUCAGCUACUGGUAGAACUAGACAAAAAUUCAAUAUAGAUAGAAACUAUGAACACUGUUAACCACCUUGAUCUAAUUGAUGGAACAUUUCACCAGCAGCUGCAGAAUGCACUUUUCCAUUGCAUAUGGUACAUUCACCAAGAUAGACAUGCUGGGCUGUACAAUAUGCCUUAACGUAUUUAUAAUAA